CAAAUCUGAAGUUGCAGCUACACUCAGUGGAGAAAGUUUCAGACGGUAGUUGUAAGCAAAAUGGCAGACAUUGUAGAAAACAGUACAGAUCAGACAGACAGCCACCAAGAUGUGAAACAAGACCAGAGUGUGGAACGAAUGACUGGGAGCUCGUCGGACGGGAAGAUGACAUUUGAUGAUAGUGGGCUCUCUGCUCUUCUACACAGUGGCUUGGAGAAUCUGAGGCUGGAGAGAUCGCUGACUGAUGUUGUACUAUGUGUGGACAAUAGUGAGUUCUCCUGUCACAGGGUGGUCUUGGCGGCAGCGAGCAGUUACUUCAGGGCAAUGUUUUGCAAUGAUCUCAAAGAAAAACAUGAAGAAAAGAUAGUGAUUAAAGGGGUUGAUGCCAGCACCAUGGAGACGUUAUUGGAUUAUACCUACACCAGCAAAGUCUACAUCACCAAAUAUAAUGUGCAGAGAAUCUUGGAGGCUGCCAGUCUAUUUCAGUUCCUGCGGAUGGUGGACGCCUGUGCCAAUUUCCUCAGUGAGGCCCUGCACCCGGACAACUGUGUGAGCAUCCUAAGGCUGGCCGAUACUCACUCCCUGGACGGGCUGAAGAAGUGCGUGCAGAACUACAUUGUACAGAACUUCCCACAAGUACUGACUCACGAGGAAUUCCUGGAGCUACCCGCAGAGAUCCUGUCGGAGAUCCUGGGCAGCGACGAGCUCUGUGUCACAGAGGAGGAGCAGGUUUUCGAGACAGCAAUGCGCUGGGUGCGUUACCGAGAGGCGGAGAGGCAGCACCAGCUGAGCCAGGUGCUGAGACACGUUCGCCUACCCCUCCUGGACCCUUGGUACUUUGUGGAGUGGGUAGAAGGCGAUGAACUUGUUUGGAAAAAUCCUGACGUUUUCAGCCUGUUGCAAGAAGCCAGGAUGUACCACCUAUCGGGCAAUGAGAUUAUUUCAGAGAGGACAAAGCCCAGGAUGCAGGAGUUCCAGUCGGAGGUCUUCAUGAUAAUAGGCGGCUGUACGAAGGAUGAAAAGUUUGUGGCAGAAGUAACCUGCUUGGACCCGCUCCGGCGAAGCCGCCUGGAAGUGGCCAAGCUGCCAAUCACAGAGCAGGAGAUGGAGAGCGAGAACAAGAAAUGGGUGGAAUUUGCAUGUAUCACUUUCCGUAAUGAGGUCUACAUCUCAGGUGGUAAAGAAACUCAACACGAGGUUUGGAAGUACAAUGCCUCCUUAAAUAAAUGGAUUCAAGUUGAAUAUUUAAACACUGGACGGUGGCGACAUAAGAUGGCCGUUCUGAAUGGCAAGGUGUACGCGGUUGGAGGCUUUGAUGGCAUCACACGACUCAACAGUGUGGAAGCAUAUGACCCAUUUCACAACUGCUGGACUGAGGGAGUUCCACUCCUCAUAAAUGUGAGUUCAUUUGCCGCCACUACCUACAAUAAGAAGCUAUAUAUUAUUGGAGGAGGACCCAAUGGGAAACUGGCUACAGACAGAACCCAGUGUUAUGACCCUGCAACAAAUACGUGGAGCCUGAAAUCACCUAUGCCUAUAGAAGCCAAAUGCAUCAAUGCGGUUACAUUUAAGGACCAUAUUUAUGUUGUGGGUGGUGCAAUGAAAGCUCUUUACUGCUACAGCCCCAGAGAGGACUCGUGGGCUCUCGUCACGCAGUUUGGCCACGAGCGCGCCAGCUGUGGGAUUGCAGCCUGCAGCAACAAGCUCUUCAUCACCGGCGGCCGCGACGAGAAGAACGAGGUCAUUGCCACCGUGCUCUGCUGGGACACAGAGAAGCAGAAGCUGACGGAGGAGUGUGUCUUGCCCCGCGGAGUCUCCCACCACGGCAGCGUCACCGUGAGGAAGUCCUACACGCACAUCCGCCGCAUCAUCCCGGGGGCGGUCUCCGUAUGACACGUAGCUGAAACGUGGGAAGCUUUCUCAGCUGCAGUGUGGCUGCCUGGGAAGACUUUGACUGGAAACUCAGAGACAGUUAGAAAAGUGUGGAGCCUGUCACCUGGAUCUUGUGUCUGCGGAAGGCAUCAAAGAACUGGCUGCACACCCAAUACAAAUGGGACAAACACAACAUUGACAAAAGAGAUGGGAAUAUGAAUCUAAUCCAAGAAGAUGCCUUGAAUUUGUUUUAGUGCACAAAGGAACUGAAAGAUACACGUCACAUAUGGACUACGUCUAAUGGAAGAACACUGGGGACACAUUGAGAAUGAGGGGACAUGGAGGGAAAUGGCAAGGAAUGAGGGAGAUUAUAUAAAUUGAAAAGAGGAUUAAAAAAGAGAAGCCAGGCCUCAGGUACUAUGCUCUCCACUAUGUGCUGUCAUUGCAUUGGGAGACAUCAGCUACCUGUUGGCUUGGCCUCAAAGCACAGUGAGUUUACAGCCAGAAUGAGGGUCAUUCGUCUACUGCUCCUGCCUGGCCCUUUUGGGUCAGAAAACCCUUGGCCUCGGGCAGCCAUUUCUCCAUCUCUUGCCACUACCUAGAACAGGCUAUGAGCUGCAAUUCUCAUUCUCUCUAGGCUCCUCCUGGGAGAGACAGCAGAUGGUUGCACAGAUGAAGUCCACCCUCCCUGGCCCACGGGUGCAGCAGUGCUUCCUGCCAUUUGUCAGUACGGGUACUGUGGAUACUUAUGCUGGUGCAGGCAGAAUUUCCUGUAGCAGAUGCUACUCAUUGAUAAAAGAGGAUCCACUUGGACACAGCACCAGGGAGUCUAGCAGGCAGCUGAGGCCUUGCUGGAUUGACAUCAGGUUGAUUGGAAGAUGGGUAAAUGCAUUUCCCUGCCCUUUUACCCAUCUCCUGGUAAGAAGAACCCAUUUGCACCAGUUGCGGGAGUAAAGGCCUGAAAACCUUCAAUAGAUUUGGGCUUCUGUCACUGGAAGAGAUCCCUUCUGUUCUGAAACUCUAGUCCGGGGAAGCUUAUCUACAUACACGUGCAAAGUUUUCCAGAUUUUGCAUCACUUUAGUAAUUGGUCACUGGAGGGUGCAAUCAUCUUUACUUCAAUCAAUGUUUAUUACAACACCUCUUUUGUCAGUGAAUGUGCAAGCAAUGCCCUGGGUGUAUUAGUUAAACAAUAACCUGUGUACUCAGGCUGUGGAAUAUUCCAUUUACUCAAAUAUUUGGGAUCAAAAUACAGAGGGCACAAAUAAUUGCAACAAAAUAAAUGUUGGGCUGUGAUCUCUAUCUUGAAGUGUAUUUAAUGAUCUCAGUGUCACAGGUACAUUGAUCAACUCAAUAUCCUGUCGUGAUUCUCACCAGGAUCCUAUGAAUCAAUACAACAAUUCUAUUAUUGAAAAUUGAGCUGCCCAGCUCUGCCCAAAGCAAGAAGGAAUAUGUUUUCUUGAAAAGUCUUUCAACAAUGCUUCAAAGCCAAGGUCUGUGCUAAUAUAUAAAUAUGUCACCAGUUUCCACCAAGAAUGGUGAGAUAAUGAUCAGAUAAUGUGAUAAAUAGGAGCAGAAUAGCAGGAUAACUCUUCUGAUUCUUCAACGCUCCAAAUCAUUUACAUUAGCUAGGUUAACAUCUCAUGUGGCAUCACCUUUGUUACAUCCUCUCCACACUUGGAGUCAUGUUUGCACUUACAGGGCGGGACAUGAACCUUUCACUUUCAUGUUCACAGGUUAAAGUGUACGGAGGACUCUGUACCCAUCUGGGUAUUCCCAAACUGGAAACCAUAGAUGAAUUGAGAGAGCCACACUCUACUGAAGUCUACGUCAGCAACCUUUGCAAGAAAUCAAGUUACGACCUCUCUCAGGGGUGUUACGAUACAAUACUCGUCCAGAUUAGAAUACCGGACUACAUGUGAGUGGGUUGUGUCAGAGAGCCCUACCAAUGAGAGAGGGUGCUUUCAAUGAAAGGGUCAGCACCCACUCCGGCAGCCUCUAAUGUACCUGAACUCCUGGUCACCGUUGCAGGUGCAAGUUCAGUCCUCUUGAGAGUGAACCCACAGAAAAUCAACUGGCCUGGAUAAUGUCCCAGGCCGUGUCCUUCGAUCCCAAACAGAUCAGCUGGUGGAGCAUUGUCAGAUAUUUUGAACUCUCCAUGUUACGUUCUGAGGUUGCCAACUGCUUUAAGAAGGUUUGUGUCAUCUGGGUGCCUAAAGAAAACAAGAUAUCAUACCUUAAUGAAUACCAUCCAGUCAUUCUGACAUUGACCAUUGUGAAUGCAUUUUGAGAGGCUGGUCAUAGUACACAUAACCUCCAGCCUCCCAGAUAGCCUCAAUCCACUGCAAUUCACCUACUGUCUAUGGCUGACAGCAUCUCCCUGGUCCUAGACUCAUCUCUGGAGCAUCUGAACAGUAGAGGCACCUGUGAAGACUGUUGUUUAGUGACUACACCCAAUUCCAUGCAAACUUCUCUCCAACUCCUCAUCCUGGGACUCAACACCUCCCUUUGCAACUGAAUCUGUGACUUCCUGACCAAUAAACCACAACCAAGUACAAUAGGCAGCAACACGUCUACCACAAUUAUUCUCAUCACUGGCAUCCCACAAAGCUACACACUCAGCCCCCGGUCUACUUCAGAGUUCAAAGUAAAUUUACAGUACUCUGCAAAAGUCCAAGGCGCAUACAAAUAUAGCUCGGCUUUUGCAAAGUGGAGCAGUUUGUAAAUCUGCCAGGAGCAAAGGAAGUUGAGAAUGAUGAGGGUGGAGUACCAUGGGGUGGGGGGUGUGGGACAGGUGGCUCAGAAGGAAUGCCAGGCUGGGGUCCGUACGGGGUGCAGACACACCCAGCCCUGAGACACCAGGCAAGGUCACUCGAUUCCAAGCAACUGGUCAGUGAUCAUUACAGAAUGUCUCUUGGGUGCUUUCCACUCCCUCCCCCACCCCUUUGCCUUUUCCCAACCAUGAUUCCCCUCUCCUUGCCCCCUUCCCACUCUCAGUCCACAAUAGAGACCCAUAUCAGAAUCAGGCUUAUCAUCACUCAUAAAUGUCAUGAAAUUUGUUUUUAUUGGCAGAACAGUACAGUGCAAUACAUAAAAUUACUAAGGUAUUCUGCAAAAGUUUUUAGGCACCCUAUGUCUAAGACUUUUGCACUGGAUUGUAUUAUCAAAGUACACACAGAAGACGUCACAAUGUACAGCCCUAAGAUUCAUUUUCUUGCGGGCAUACUCAGCAAAUCCAAAAAAGCAUAACAGAAUCAAUGAAAGACUGCACCCAACAGGUCAGUCAAACAACCAAUGUGCAAAAGACAACAAACUGUGCAAAUACCAAAGAAAAAUAAUAACAACAAUAAUAAUAAAUAAGCAAUAAAUAUCAAGAACAUGAGAUUGAAGAGUCCUUGAAAGUGAGUCCAUUAAUGAUGGGAACAGUUCAGUGAUGGGAAGAGUGAAGUUAAGUGAAGUUAUCUCCACGGAUUCAAGAGCCUGAUGGUUGAGGGGGAAUAACUAUUCCUGAACCUGGUGGUGAGUGUCCUGAGGCUCCUGUAUCUCCUUUGUGGUGGUAGCAGUGAGAAAAGGGCAUGUCCUAGGUGGUGAGAGUCCCUGAGGGUGGAUCCUGUUUUCCUGUGACAGUGCUCCAUGUGGAUGUGCUCAGUGGUGGGGAGGGCUUUACCCCUGAUGUGCUGGGCCACAUUCACUACUUGUUGUGGGAUUUCCCAUUCCAAAGCAUUGGUGUUUCCAUACCAGGCUAUGAAGCAGAAGUCAGAAUACUCACCACAACACAUCUAUAGAAGUCUGUCGAAGUUAUUAGAUGUCAUGCCGAAUCUUCAUAAACUUCUGAGGGAGUAGAGGUGUGCUUUCUUCGUAAUGGCGCUUCUGUACGAGACCCAGGGCAGAUUCUCUGAAACACCAAGGAAUUUAAAGUUGCUGACGCUCUCCGGCUCUGAUCCCCCAAUGAGGACUGGCUCAUGGACCUCUGGUUUUCUCCUCCUGAAGUCAAUAAUCAGCUCAUUGGUCUUGCUGCCAUUGAGUGAAAGGUUGUUGUUAUGGCCCCACUCAGACAGGUUUUCAGUCUCUGUCCUAUAUACUGAUUCUGCUUUGGAAUUGUACAGAUAUAAGUGGGAUGCACCUGGAGUAUUGCGUACAGUUUUGGUUAUACUGCCAAAGGAAAGGUGUCAUUAAACUAGAAAGAGUGCAAAGAAGAUUAUGAUGACUUACCAGGACUUAAGAAUUAUGCGAAGAGAUUGGGUAGGGUAGGAAACUAACAAGUAACUUUAUGCAUUUGUAUAAAAUCAUGAAGAGCUUAGAUAGGGUAAAUGCAUAUAGUCUUUCCCAGGGAAAGGGAAUCAAAAACUACGGGGUGUAGGUUUAAGAUGAAAGGUGAAAGGUUUAAGAGGGACCCAAAGGAAAACUCCUUUCUUCCCACAAAAGGUUGAUGCGUACAUGGAAUUUACAACCAGAGGAAGUGGUUGAAGCAUGUACAAUAACAACAUUUAAAAAGACAGUUAGACAAGUACAUUGUUUCAAGGGAUAUGGCCAAAUGGGACUAGAUCAGAUUGGCAUUUUAGUCAACAUGGAAAAGUUGAUCCAAGAUACUUGAUUCCAUGUUAUAGAAUUCUAUAAUUCUCUGACCUUAUCUGCUGAUUAUGAUCUGUUUGUAUUCUAUGAACUCCAGUAUCUACCAGUGAAGAUGUGGAGGUACUCCUCCUGUUUGGUGAUGGACCAUUAUUUAUUUAGAACCAUCAGUGACAAUUAAUCCUUUACCCACCUCCAUCUGAGCUGAUAAUUGAGAAAGCCCAAUUACCCUAUUUUGUGCCAGUAGAUUUGAACUUGUUAAACUUAUUUUAAUCCAUUUCUUAAUAUGUAUUAUUCAAAUUAAGAUAUAACACAUUGCAACAAAAAUG